GGUCGGCGGCGGUCUCCGGGGAUGUGGAGAGCUGGCAGCAUGUCGGCCGAGCUGGGAGUCGGCUUGGCACUGCGGGCCGUGAACGAGCGCGUGCAGCAGGCGGUGGCGCGGCGGCCGCGGGAUUUGCCAGCCAUCCAGCCCCGGCUAGUAGCAGUCAGCAAAACCAAACCUGCAGACAUGGUGAUUGAGGCCUACAGUCACGGCCAGCGCACUUUCGGGGAGAACUAUGUUCAGGAACUGCUAGAAAAAGCAUCAAAUCCUAAAAUUCUGUCUUCGUGUCCUGAGAUCAAAUGGCACUUCAUUGGCCACCUACAGAAACAGAAUGUCAACAAAUUGAUGGCUGUCCCCAAUCUCUCCAUGCUGGAAACAGUGGAUUCUGUGAAGCUGGCAGACAAACUGAACAGUUCGUGGCAGAAAAAAGGUUCUCCUGAGAGGUUAAAGGUUAUGGUCCAGAUUAACACCAGUGGAGAGGAGAGUAAACAUGGCCUCCUGCCCUCAGAGACAGUAGCCAUGGUGGAACACAUCAACACCAAGUGCCCCAGCCUGGAAUUCGUGGGGCUGAUGACCAUAGGAAGCUUUGGGCAUGAUCUUAGUCAAGGACCAAAUCCGGACUUCCAGGUGUUAUUGUCCCUCCGGGAGGAGCUGUGUAAAAGGCUGAGUAUCCCUGCUGACCAGGUUGAGCUGAGCAUGGGCAUGUCCAUGGACUUCCAGCAUGCAAUUGAAGUAGGGUCUACGAAUGUCCGAAUAGGAAGCACCAUUUUUGGCGAGCGAGAUUACUCAAAGAAGCCUGCCUUAGACAAGUCCUCAGCAGACCUGAAGGCCCCAGUGGAGGUGGCACAGGCACAUUGAGCCAGGGAACAACCAGCAGUGGCUGAGAGCCAGGGGCCCCUGUCCAGAAGACUAACUAUGCACUCACCUGGAUUUUCAUUUAAUAUUCCCUAUGUCACAGCACAGCCAUGCUGUCCUUGUGACCUGCAGAGACGAGUGCUGACGAUUCUGUGUGGUGAUGGAAAUCGUCUGUAUUUAGUGUCUGACAUAGGAAGCUCCCUUCAAGCAGUGGCUUUGGAUUAAAUUUGAGAAAUCCAGUCAUUUCUGCAGGACAGAUACCAAAUCAAUAGCCAGGAAUUGAGUUCAGUAUUGAAUCCUGCCCAAGAGCACCAACCAACCCGUGAAUGCAUUUUCCAGGUUAAAAUUUGAUCACUGAUGCCUAUAAUCACCGAAGUCAGAGGGAUUCCCAUUUGUCAUCCACUAUAACAGAAAAUUCCCUCUGGUUACCAGCUUCCUACAAAUCCUGCUGAGUAAUUGUCUUUGCUGCUCUGGAGCAAGGGGAUUUCUGCCCCAAUUUCCACCCCACCCAGUAGAUAUUUGUCUCUGCUCUGGAAUGGCAGUACAGGUACCUUCAGGGAAUGGCUCAAGUAAUGCUCCAAACGCAAAUUGUUGCUCAUGAGAGUUUGUGUCAUUGGUCACCCCGUGGUGACCAAUGAAAUUUACAGAGGUCCCAUAAACAGCACUGGGGUCUUUCUCUCAUCCUCCUGAAGAGACAGGACUUGGAGCUUUUUUCUCUGGCCCUGCAGUGAUGAGGAUUUAAUGAUAUGAUGUCUCCUCCACUAUAAUCCUCUUUAUGGUGAUUUCUUAUCAAAGACCAAUGAGUCUGGUGGCUCCCCAGAAAUGAGAUUCCUCCAAAGCUGGUUCAGACGCACAGUUGCAACAAGGCCUAGUUUUGAGUUCCUGUCCCUGAGGAGCACUUUCCAGGCACAUUACAGCCUCUUCUCCCCACUAGAGUUAUAAGUCAGAAUUCUGCAACUCUUCUUUUUUUUUUUUUUUUUUUUGUGAGGAGAUGAGCCCUGUGCUAACAUCUGCCAAUCUUCCUCUUUUUUUGCUGAGGAAGACUGGCCCUGGGCUAACAUCCGUGCCCAUCUUCUUCCACUUUAUAUGGGACGCUGCCAUAGCAUGGCUUGUCAAGCAGUGCGUCGGUGCGCGCCCGGGAUCCAAACCGGUGAACCCUGGGCCACCAAAGCGGAGCGCGAGCACUUAACCACUUGCACCACCAGGCCAGCCCCUGCAACUCUUCUUGAUUGUUAAUAAAGUAGCAAGAUCUUCAAAAACCGGAAAGCACAAUUCUCAGAUAGUCAUGACAGACGACUUCAGUCUGGGUAGUUUAUUUUCUAGAGAGUUUUUUCUCUUAUUUAUUCAAGCCCCAGUCUGUAACUUUAUGAAAUAACUUUCAGAACAUGAUGCUGCUGCCGAAUGUAAUUUUGUAAAACUUAAACCGUUAUGAUUCCUGUACUGUUUGAAUCAAAGCUAUAGUGUGAUAUUUCAAAGUCUAUUAAAUAAAGAUGUGAGUUUGAAUUAUACCA